AGCGAGAGCGAGAGGGGAACGAGAAAAAAAAUACAGCAGCAGUCAUUACCACUCGCCCGCUCGCUCCGGCGCCGCGACGCAAAUCUCGCGCACGGGGGCUCGAUCCGCGGCGGAAACCCUAGCAGGUUGACGGGCGGGGAUUGGGGAUGUCGUCGCCGAGGAACGACGCGGGGUUCCUGACGCAGCAGCAGCGGGAGCAGCUGCGCGUCGCGGUGCAGAACGCCGAGACGCUCUCGCUCGCCUCCCCGCGCUCGCCAACGGGGGGGACCACGUCCGCGCUGCUGCAGCAGUACGAGCUGCAACAGCAGGAGAGGCGCGCCGCGGCGGCAGCAGCCAGGGCGGGCGGUGGGGGUGGGGGCGGUGGGGGUGCGGCUCCGGUGAGGCACCCGCGGAGGUCGCAUUCGGGGAAGGCAGUCAAGCUUAAGAAAGAUGGUGCUGGUGGCAAAGGCACUUGGGGAAGACUUAUCGAUGCUGAUACAGCCACAUUCCUUGACCAAAAUGAUCCAAACUAUGAUAGUGAUGAGGAGCCAUAUGAACUAAUUGAAGUCCCUGCUACAACCCCACUAGAGGACUACAAGAAAUCUCUUGUCACAAUCAUUGAGGAAUAUUUCAGCACUGGUGAUGCUAAACAGACAGCUUCUGAUCUAAAAGAGGUGGGUUAUGAUGACUUCCACCGCUACUUUGUCAAGAAGCUUGUUUCCAUGGCAAUGGACAGGCAUGACAAGGAGAAGGAGAUGGUUUCAGUGCUGUUAUCAUGUCUGUAUGGUGAUGUGGUCAGCUCAACUCAAAUCAAACUAGGCUUUGUGAUGCUGCUACAGGCUGUUGAUGAUUUGUCUGUUGACAUACCUGAUGCGGUUGAUGUCCUUGCUCUUUUCAUUGCACGAUCAGUUGUCGACGACAUUCUCCCACCUGCUUUUCUCAAUAAGGCAAAAGGAAGUCUGACAGAGUCUUCAAAGGGCAUGCAGGUUUUACAGAUUGCAGCGAAGAGCUAUCUUUCAGCACCUCACCAUGCAGAGUUACUUGAGCGACGCUGGGGUGGUUCAGUUUACGUCACAGUGGAUGAGGUAAAGAGGAGGAUUACUGAUCUUGUAAAGGAAUAUAUCAGGAAUGGUGAUACAGCUGAGGCAUGUAGGUGCAUAAGAGAGUUGGCUGUGCCAUUUUUCCACCACGAGGUCGUCAAGCGAGCUGUCACUCUUGGAAUGGAAAGUCCAGCUGCAGAAGCUCUUAUUAUCAAGCUUCUGAAGGAAGCAUCUGAAGAAGGCUUGAUAAGCUCUAGUCAGAUGGUGAAGGGAUUCUCCCGUAUUACCGAGAGUCUUGAUGACCUCUCCCUUGAUAUACCAUCAGCAAAAUCUCAGUUCCAGACAUUGGUAUCUAAAGCAGUUUCUGAGGGAUGGCUUGACUCUUCAUAUGUAUCUUCAGGUGCCAACGGUAAUGUCCAAGAUGAUGACCAUGAGAAGCUGAGGAGGUACAAGAGGGACGCUGUGUCUAUGAUACAUGAGUACUUCCUUUCUGAUGAUACACCAGAGCUUAUUCGCACACUCAAAGAGCUUGGUGUUCCAGAGUAUAACCCGAUCUUUAUCAAGAAACUUGUGACGAUUGCUAUGGACCGCAAGAACAGGGAGAAAGAGAUGGCAUCAGUUCUCCUAUCUUCAUUAAGCAUGGAGCUAUUCUCUACUGAAGACAUUGUCAAGGGAUUCAUAAUGCUUCUUGAAUCUGCAGAAGAUACUGCACUGGACAUAUUGGAUGCCUCAGAUGAGCUGGGACUGUUCCUAGCCAGAGCAGUGAUUGAUGACGUGCUUGCGCCUCUAAACCUAGAUGAGAUUGGCAGCGAACUUCCACCAAAAUGCAGUGGGGCUGAAACGUUGAACAUGGCACGCUCACUUGCCUCUGCCCGUCAUGCAGGAGAGAGGCUUCUGAGAUGCUGGGGCGGUGGGACAGGAGAGGCCGUUGAGGAUGCCAAGGACAAGAUAGCAAAGCUCCUGGAGGAAUAUGAGAGCGGAGGUGAUGUAGGGGAAGCAUGCAACUGCAUCCGUGAGAUGGGCAUGCCUUUCUUCAAUCACGAGGUGGUGAAGAAGGCGCUUGUCAUGGCGAUGGAGAAGAAGAGAGAGCGCCCCCUUGUUCUGCUCCAUGAGUGCUUUGGCGAAGGGAUCAUAACCAUCAACCAGAUGACCAAGGGGUUCUCGAGGGUCAGGGACGGGCUUGAUGAUCUGGCUCUUGACAUCCCUGAUGCCAGGGAGAAGUUCCUCUCCUACGUCGAGUAUGCGAAGAAGAACGGAUGGCUUGCACUCUCUUUCGGUGGUGCUGCUUCGACUUGAACCGAUGACCGAGCGAGCAGGAAGCGUCAAGCUGGACUGAGGAACAAACCGGAAGACGCAGGCAGCCGUGGUGUGGUGCCGGCCACCUAGUUCGUGUGCAUUUGCGUUUUCAGUUUCUGAUGCACGUCGCUGGACAAUGCAUCAUAGGUAGCUCAACGAGCCCCUCUUGCUUGUGGAGUUGUGGUGGUGGCUCAUGUCUAGAUCUUUGCAUCUCUGGACAUACCCUUUGCUGUUCUUGCGUUGUUCCAUUUCAACUUCUUCAUAGACCUUUUCUUUUUUACAUCAAGUAAAACAGAGCAGAAAAAGAAUUUUAUGUAAACUUCUUCACUA